AGCAUUGCACGGAACUGUACCCACCUCCUCAUCUCUGUCUCUACCCAGACAUGCAUCCCAAGGCAUUUGCCUGCCUGCUGCUGGCCACUCUCAUAGCCACCGGCCUCUCCAGAUCCCUGUCUGCAUCCCGUCAGGAAGACAGUAGAUCAAAUAAGCACAGGACGGCCCUGCUAGGAGCUGAGAGGACACAGAAGAGUGGCACUGGGAGGCUCAUCCGACGGGAAUGGCCAGGAGGUCUUUCUGUGGACCAGAAGCAUCUGAUUUCCCAGUUCCUGCCCCACAUUUAUGCAGCAGAGCUUGCUGGGAAGGAGAAUGCUGUGCAGAUGGACGACGGCCUCCACAGCCGUGAGUAUCCCACCUGGAUGGACUGGGGACGCCGAAGCUUAAAGGAUAUGAAUGAUGAUGCCUAGAGGAUCAGCUACCCAAAGGAGUCUUUCCUGCCUUGGCCUCACUGUGCAGGGGGUGGAGGAGAGACACAGACAGUCCUCUUACUAGCCAUUUGUCCUUUUCCAAAUCUGUGUCUCAUGCAUGUUUGCAUCAAUUAAAAGCGUCCAUGGUA